GUCUAUUUGCCUUUAGUAAAUCAACACCAAUGCCUUAUAAUCCCUCUCCAUGACACCAGUUCUGUAUAUUGGUUGCUGAUUUUAUGCAAAAACACUUUAUAACAUUAUUAAUAUCGACACACAUACACUGGAAAAUUUCAACAAUGAUCUUUUAUCACAUUGGAAAUAUUGUGUGAUAUGAAAAAAGUCAUUAUAGUAACUAUACAAAUUACUUACCAAACACAUUAACUAUGAUGAGGGUUAUACUGUACAUGAGAAAAAGGAAGCUGAGAAUGGAGAAGUUUACCAGUGAAGUAAUAUGAAAACAAAGAGAACAAACCAGUGUUGUCUGGCACCAGCAUAUGUGAGGAUAACGGUGAAGAGUACGAGGAUUCAAUACAGGAAAUUAUUCUAACAACACAGUCAUUGCUGUAAUAGCCAGUUUGGUGUGCAGAUAAAACCACCAAGACGGCAUCAUAUUCAACUAUACCAAGAGAUGGAAUAUACCCAGUUCAUCAAAUAGAAUGGAAGAAGCUGAUCUACUUUACUGACAGGAAUCAUAAACAGAACAGGAAAAAGGAGAAAGCGAAUUUGGGAACACUAUAAAGGAAAAACGGCUGCCAUGGACUCUGACAUUUUCAACUUUUCUGAUAGUUCAUCAUCGUCCAAAAACUGUACAGGGGGCAUUAGAAUGGAACGAGUUGUCUUCCCCAUUCUAUACACAGUUACAUUCUGUCUUGGAGUUAUCAUGAACAGCCUAUCCGUUUGUAUUUUUUGCAAAGUCCCUACCAACAGUGUUUUUAUUGUAUAUCUUAAAAAUACUGUGGCAGCUGAUAUAAUUAUGACCCUGGCACUGCCUUUUAAGAUAGUUACAGAUUCAGAACUUGCACCAUGGCAGGUGAAAGUCUUUGUCUGCCGUUGUUCUGCAGUGGUAUUUUACUCGGCUAUGUACGUCAAUAUAAUACUUCUUGGACUCAUAGGAUUGGAUCGCUUUCUUAAGAUUGUACAACCAUACAAAAGAGGAUGCAUGGAUCGGCUUCGUAUAGCUAAAUGGAUAUCUUUGUCUGUGUGGAUCGGCAUAUUUGGACUAUCAAUGCCUAACAUGUUGUUAAACAGCACAAAAGCAACACCUGAAAAUGUUAACCGCUGUUCUAACCUCAAAACUCCACUGGGCAUAGGAUGGCACAAAGCUGUCACUUACAUCAGCCAAUUGAUUUUUUGGUCCGUUUUAAUUUCCAUGACAGUUUUUUAUACAAUAAUAAGCAAAAAGGUUUAUGAAUCUUAUGUAAAAUCUCACAGUAAAGACAAAGCUUCGAGAAAGAACACCAAAGCCAAAGUUUUUGUUGUAGUAAUUGUAUUUUUCCUGUGCUUUGCGCCCUACCAUUUUACGAGGGUACCCUAUACAUUUAGCCAGGGUGGAAUCAUAACAGAUUGUAACAUCGACAGAAAUUUAUUCCUAUCUAAAGAAAGUACUUUGUGGCUUGCUGCCACCAAUGUAUUCAUGGACCCUUUCAUCUAUGUAGUUCUCUGUAAGCCAUUUAGAAAACUCAUACCUGGAUUUAGCAGUCCAGGAAACUCAAGCCAGGAAACGCCCUUCAACGAGUCAACGAUGUAGGCCAAAACAAGAUUACAUUUGGCUUAGAGAUAAGAAUG